GGAAGUAAGGUUUUUCACUUUCAGUCUCCUUUGACUUAUAAAAUUAGUAAUUUGGACUCAUGCAUAUUCACAGUUAUUUACAUUCGCUGAACAGAAUAAAAACAAAAGCGCUCAAGCACGCUCACCAUAAAUACCAGAUAAAUAAAAUAGAACAAAUAUAAAUAAAAUAAUCACAAACGAAGAUUGGAAAGAUUAGGGAGAUUAGACAAGAGACAAAUUAGUUUACAUAUAUGUAUAUAUAUUUAGAUUUCGUAGCAUUUUGAAUAUGUAUAAGUGUUGUUAUUUACCUCUCCAAUAAAAGUUUCUCUUUCCAAAAACAUACUUCUUGCGGUUGCUAAGUAUCUAUGCUUUAUUUGAGAGCAUUUCUACCCUCGCUCUCUUGUAGAUCAAGAUUCUUGUAUGUGACGUUUUUAUAUGUACAUUUCAGAGUCUGAUAAGCAAUUCUUAAUUGAAGGUCCGAAAGGUCGUUCUUUUAUAAAGAUAAUAAGUGCCAUAUAAUUUGAAAAAAUCUGGUGAGAGCAGUAGCUUAAGCAAACAUCUAAACGAUUUGCUUGUGUUUGCAAGAGAGCUGAGAUUUUGGCUACUCUCCCAAACGUAGAAGGAGAGUGUGGCGGUAUGCUAGAGCUACUAAGUGUGCGUGCUUAAAGGUUUUACUUCUUCUUCUUCUUAGCUUAGCGCUCGAACGCAUAAUAAACAAUCAACAAAUGUAAACAAACAAACCGUUUAUAACGGCAUAGCGGCGGCUGGCGAAAUCAAACAAGUUGAAGCCGUACCAAACAAAUGCAAGAAGCCAGCACUUCCAUGGCGUCUUCCGUUACUGCGCAAGUAUUCGUCAUGUUGCUAAGGUAGCUUCCGGUCACAUGGCUUAGGCGCUGGAAAGCCACUAUUUUGCCGAGGUUUGCCAGAGGCAGGAUUGAGCGUGAAAAAUCAGAAAGUCGGAGUCGCUCGUCGCAAACGGUUGGUUUUCAAAACACCUUUCGCAUAUCAACUGGCUUGAGGAUAAAGUGAUAUCAAUUACACAUGUUUGUGUGUGUGUGUGUGCUUGCAUAUAUUAUAUAUGUAUAUUUUUAUAUAUAAGUAACUGCUUCAAGUAGAAGUGAAGUGAAAUGGCUUUAAGUGCAGUUAUGUGACUCAAAUUACUCAAACUCAAAUUGUGAUUCGAAAUUCCUUAACAAAAUAUUUUUAUAUUUUGAAAAUUAAAAUAAAAAAUGAAAUAAUUUUAAUUAAAAAAUAAAAAAAAUAAAUUAGUAAUGCGUACAAUUAUGUCUGAAAGAAGUGAAAUCCUUCCUUGAAAAUAUAAAAUCAGAGUCCGAUUUUUUGCAACAAAAAAAUCCCACAGAAUAUUUGCCAGCUUGUGAUAAGUGAGUGAGAAUUUUCGUUGUGUAAUCGCCCCAAAGUCAGUUCAAAUGCUGCCCUUAUGUUGAAAUUGCAAGCAGCCAUUUCACAAAUACAAUGAAAUCACUUGCGUCUGUAUGUGUUCGAAAUGUGCAACAAAAUGUAGUGUGUUCACAGCGGUGAAUAACUCUCGUGCUUUUGAUAAAACCGUUUAAAUUGAAAUCGCAAUGUCACAGCCGGUCAAACGUGGUGGGCGUGGCGGCGCUGGUGGCGGCAUUGGCCGACGUACGCCUUCAAAUGUUGCUGGCGCGGUCGCCGGGAACACGCCUGAAGAGUCGACGACGGCCAGCGAACGCGCCACACCGGCCAGUAAAGCCGACUCCGAUCAGAAGGACGACAGCUCCAGCAAUGGUGAUAAGAAAGAAGCAGAGGGCUUCCCCACACCGAAGCCACCAAGCGCGGGUGCUUCUAUACGGGACACCUCGAAUAAGAUACUCGCUUUGGCGAUGAAGGGUGAAUGGACGCCUAUCGAACAGGAAUUGAAGAAGCUGGAGAAGUAUGUGGCGAAUGCGGGUGAGGAUGGUAAUCACAUACCGCUGGCGGGUAUACACGAUCCGAACACUGGCAUGACACCGCUCAUGUUCGCCACUAAGGACAAUAAAACUUCAAUUAUGGAUCGAAUGAUAGAGCUGGGCGCCGAUGUGGGAGCAAGGAAUAAUGACAACUACAACGCUUUGCACAUAGCGUCGAUGUACUCGCGUGAGGAUGUCGUCAAAUUGUUGCUGAACAAACGCGGCGUGGACCCAUACUCGACGGGCGGCUCGCGCACUCAAACCGCCGUGCAUCUCGUCUCCAGUCGCCAAACGGGCACAGCGACGAAUAUAUUGCGCGCCUUAUUAGCGACAGCUGGCAAAGAAAUACGCUUGAAAGUAGACGGGAGGGGAAAAAUCCCGCUGCUGCUUGCGGUAGAGUCUGGUAAUCAAUCUAUGGUCAGAGAGCUGCUCUCAGCUCAAACGUCGGACCAACUGAAGGCAACAACGGCUAAUGGAGACACGGCCUUACAUUUGGCCGCCAGACGACGGGACGUCGAUAUGGUGCGAAUACUCGUCGAUUACGGCACCAAUGUCGACACCCAAAAUGGCGAGGGUCAGACACCGUUGCACAUAGCGGCCGCUGAAGGCGACGAGGCGCUACUCAAGUACUUCUACGGCGUGCGAGCCUCUGCGUCCAUUGCGGAUAAUCAAGAUCGUACACCGAUGCAUUUAGCUGCUGAGAAUGGCCAUGCGCACAUCAUUGAAAUUUUGGCGGACAAAUUCAAGGCGAGCAUCUUCGAACGCACAAAGGAUGGCAGCACGCUGAUGCAUAUCGCCUCGCUGAAUGGCCAUGCCGAGUGCGCGACGAUGCUCUUCAAGAAGGGCGUCUAUCUACACAUGCCAAAUAAGAAUGGCGCGCGCAGCAUUCACACCGCGGCCGCGUACGGCCACACCGGCAUCAUUAACACCCUACUGCAGAAGGGCGAGAAAGUUGAUGUCACAACGAAUGAGAAUUACACUGCACUCCAUAUCGCCGUGGAGUCCGCGAAGCCGGCCGUCGUCGAAACAUUGCUGGGCUUCGGCGCCGAUGUCCAUGUCCGUGGCGGUGCAAUGCACGAAACGCCGCUGCAUAUCGCCGCACGAGUUAAGGAUGGCGAUCGUUGUGCCUUAAUGCUCCUUAAGUCCGGAGCUAGUCCCAAUUUAACUACCGAUGAUGGCCUGACGCCGGUGCAUGUAGCCGCGCGUAACGGUAAUCUGGCAACGCUGAUACAACUCCUUGAAGAUGGCGGUGAUCCACUAUACAAAUCCAAUACUGGCGAAACAUCGCUACAUAUGGCCUGCCGUUCGUGUCAUCCCGAAAUCGUACGUCAUCUCAUCGAGAUGGUUAAGGAGAAACAUGGUCCAGAUAAAGCUACCACCUAUAUUAAUUCAGUGAAUGACGACGGCGCAACCGCACUACACUAUACAUGCCAAAUCACCAAGGAGGAGGUAAAGAUACCUGAGUCCGACAAGGAAAUUGUUCGCAUGUUACUGGAGAAUGGUGCCGACGUAACUCUGCAAACGAAGAAUGUGCUGGAGACUGCUUUCCACUAUUGUGCCGUCGCUGGCAAUAACGACGUGUUGAUGGAGAUGAUCGCCCACAUGAAUCCCACGGACAUUCAGAAGGCCAUGAAUCGACAGACAUCGGUUGGCUGGACGCCGUUGCUAAUCGCUUGUCACCGCGGGCACAUGGAGCUGGUCAACAACCUUUUAGCGAAUCAUGCCAGAGUGGAUGUGUUCGACACUGAGGGCCGUUCUGCCCUACAUUUGGCUGCCGAACGAGGGUAUCUGCACGUGUGCGACGCGCUGCUCACCAACAAAGCGUUUAUCAAUUCGAAAUCACGUGUCGGUCGCACGGCGCUACAUCUGGCAGCGAUGAAUGGCUUCACACAUCUGGUGAAGUUCCUCAUCAAGGAUCACAAUGCCGUCAUCGAUAUAUUGACGCUACGCAAACAAACGCCUCUCCAUCUGGCCGCAGCUAGUGGACAGAUGGAGGUAUGUCAGCUUCUGCUCGAGCUCGGGGCUAACAUAGACGCGACCGAUGAUCUGGGCCAAAAGCCCAUACAUGUCGCUGCGCAGAACAACUACUCUGAAGUGGCCAAAUUAUUCCUACAACAACAUCCAUCGCUGGUGAAUGCCACCAGCAAGGAUGGAAACACCUGCGCACACAUCGCUGCAAUGCAGGGUUCGGUGAAGGUGAUCGAGGAGCUAAUGAAGUUCGAUCGUUCUGGCGUGAUAUCAGCUAGAAACAAAUUGACUGAUGCCACACCGCUACAACUGGCGGCCGAGGGUGGACAUGCGGACGUGGUGAAGGCGUUGGUGCGUGCGGGCGCCUCAUGUACGGAUGAGAACAAAGCCGGCUUCACUGCGGUACAUUUAGCGGCACAGAACGGUCAUGGCCAGGUAUUGGAUGCGUUGAAAGGAACCAAUUCUUUGAGGAUAACCAGCAAGAAAUUGGGACUGACGCCGUUGCAUGUGGCUGCCUACUACGGACAAGCGGACACUGUGCGCGAACUAUUGACGAGCGUGCCGGCGACAGUGAAAUCUGAACCUCCGACCGGACAAAGUCUCUUUGGUGACUUAGGGGCGGAAUCGGGGAUGACACCAUUACAUUUGGCAGCAUUCUCGGGCAAUGAGAAUGUGGUGCGUUUGCUGCUGAACUCGGCGGGAGUGCAAGUAGAGGCGGCAACGACAGAGAAUGGUUAUAAUCCACUCCAUUUGGCUUGCUUCGGUGGUCACAUGUCAGUGGUUGGCUUGCUUCUGAGUCGCUCAGCAGAACUGCUCCAAUCGACGGAUCGUCAUGGCAGGACCGGUUUACACAUCGCCUCCAUGCACGGCCACAUACAGAUGGUGGAGAUUCUGUUGGGUCAAGGCGCAGAGAUAAAUGCCACCGACAAAAAUGGUUGGACGUCACUGCAUUGUGCUGCCAAAGCCGGCCACUUGGAAGUUGUGAAGUUACUAUGCGAGGCAGGCGCCUCGCCAAAGUCGGAGACGAACUACGGUUGCGCGGCAAUAUGGUUUGCCGCUUCCGAAGGCCACAACGAUGUGCUGCGGUAUCUCAUGAACAAAGAACAUGACACCUACAAUCUAAUGGAAGACAAAAGGUUUGUGUACAACUUAAUGGUUGUCUCCAAAAAUCACAAUAACAAACCGAUACAAGAAUUUGUGCUGGUCUCACCGGCACCAGUCGAUACCGCGGCGAAAUUGUCAAAUAUCUAUAUGAAUUUAUCAACAAAGGAAAAAGAACGCGCCAAAGACCUAGUAGCCGCCGGCAAACAAUGCGAAGCAAUGGCCACCGAGCUGCUGGCAUUAGCUGCCGGCUCUGACUCAGCAGGCAAAAUACUUCAAGCCACUGAUCGAAGAAAUGUGGAGUUCUUGGACGUGCUCAUCGAGAACGAGCAAAAGGAAGUUAUUGCGCACACUGUAGUGCAGCGCUAUCUGCAGGAACUCUGGAGAGGGUCACUCACAUGGGCCUCGUGGAAAAUACUGCUGCUUUUAGUGGCAUUCAUUGUGUGUCCACCUGUUUGGAUUGGCUUCACCUUUCCGAUGGGUCACAAAUUCAACAAAGUGCCUAUUAUAAAGUUCAUGUCUUAUCUAACUUCACACAUAUACCUAAUGAUACAUCUCAGCAUCGUGGGCAUUACGCCCAUCUAUCCGGUGCUGCGACUAAGUUUGGUCCCCUACUGGUACGAAAUUGGACUACUUAUUUGGUUGAGUGGUCUACUUUUGUUCGAGCUGACAAAUCCAUCCGACAAAUCGGGAUUGGGAUCAAUUAAACUGUUGGUCUUGCUACUGGGCAUGGCCGGUGUGGGCGUGCAUGUGGCCGCGUUCGUCUUCGUCUCUAAACUAUACUGGCCAACGCUAAUCUACUGUCGCAAUCAAUGUUUCGCCUUGGCCUUCCUAUUGGCUUGCGUGCAAAUAUUGGAUUUCUUGUCGUUCCAUCAUCUCUUUGGACCAUGGGCCAUCAUCAUUGGGGAUCUACUUAAGGAUCUGGCACGUUUUUUGGCGGUGCUUGCGAUUUUCGUCUUUGGAUUCUCAAUGCAUAUUGUGGCGCUGAAUCAGUCAUUUACGAACCUAAAGCCGGAAGAUUUGAGAGGCUUCGAAAAGCGCAAUCGAAAUCGAGGGUACUUUAGUGACGACGAUAUGCCGACACCGCGUCCUCCCCUCAGUUCCGCUGAGCGUUAUGUCGAUAGUCGAAGUUUAUCAAGCGAGUUUCGACGCAAGCAUAAAGCUGAUCUGCGCAUGCAUCCGAUUACCUCCUUUGAGUUGCUCUUCUUCGCCGUGUUCGGUCAGACGACAACCGAACAAACACAGGUGGACAAGAUACUGAACGUGGCCGAGCCCACUCAGCCGUACUGGGUGGAGUAUCUGUUCAAAAUAGUCUUCGGCAUUUAUAUGUUGGUGUCGGUGGUUGUGCUAAUCAACCUGUUGAUUGCUAUGAUGUCUGACACCUAUCAACGGAUUCAGGCUCAAUCCGAUAUUGAGUGGAAAUUCGGCCUGUCCAAGCUUAUACGCAACAUGCAUCGCACAACAACAGCGCCAUCGCCACUUAAUUUAGUUACCACAUGGUUUAUGUGGAUCGUCGAGAAGGUCAAGGCGCGCAUGAAGAAAAAGAAGCGUCCAAGUCUGGUACAGAUGAUGGGAAUACGGCAGGCCAGCCCGCGCACCAAGGCUGGCGCCAAGUGGCUCUCGAAGAUCAAGAAAGACUCGGUGGCUCUCUCCGUGGUGCAUCUCUCACCGCUUGGCUCGCAGACGAGCUUCACCGCCGCCAAUCAGAAUCGCAUCGAGAACGUGGCCGACUGGGAGGCGAUCGCCAAGAAAUAUCGCGCGUUGGUUGGCGACGAGGAGGGCGGCUCCAUCAAGGACUCCGAAGCGGAGAGCGGCUCCGUCGAGGGUAGCGGUGGUGGCGGUACGGGCGCGCCACCGCCGCCCGCACAGGUGGGCAAUAAUGUAGCAGCAGCACCGCCACAAGAGCAAUUGCCGCACGUGUAGAGAGUGCUUUUCUCAUACAAAAACUGCAUUCAUAGAGCAUUUGAAGCACCCAACACAUGGCUACAUACUCAUCCAGUAGAAUCAUCAGUUGAAGCAUUGAAAGCUUAUUACAGUUAGACUAUACCGUGAAUUAAUUAUUCAAUUAUAUUACAGGUUUAAGUCAACAGCAAAAUAAUGUUGUUAUUGUAUUGAGUAUGGCAGAUUUUGAAAAAUUGUAAUGAUAAGUUCUAGUAGCUAGACGAUUUAGGUAAAACGAUUUGUAUCUAAAUUUCAAUUCCAGUCACGUGCUUCAUAUAUGAAAAGAGGUACUUCCCACUAUGUCUACCUUAGAUAGAAUAAUUUAAUGCAAUUACUCCUUAAGUACUUAAGAAAUCGUCCUUUUAAAAUGAAACAAAAUAUAGAAAAUAAUGUAAUUGAAGUUGUUGUAGUAGAUUAGAGUAAAAUGUUUUUGAAAUUAGCGAACAACAAAGCAAAAAAAUGUUUUCCAGUCGUGUCUAAGGAUUAAACUAAAGAUUUCUUCAAUUUGUAGUUUUAAAGUAAUUUAGUCUAAUAAUUUAAUGAUUUGAAUUAAUUAAAUAAAUUAAAUUGAAGUGUAUUAAGUUUAGUAUUAAUCUCACACAGAUAGUCUUAAUUAUUGAGGGAUAACCACACGAAAUGUCCUGUAUAGUAUUAAGUGAAUAUAUAUGUAAAUAUUAAUCUUUAAACAUUCAGCCAUGUAUAAUAUAAGUCAGUCCAAAUUUUAAUUUAAUAGAGUUCCUAAAUUUUUUCAUAUAUUUAUUAUGAAUUCUUAAAUAUUUUUUUAAUCAGAAUCACAUUUAUUACCGGAUUUAGGCACAAAUCAAUCCUUAUCCUUACAUAUAUAUCCUUACAUUUUUUUAAACAAACUCUCAUUACUUAGUCAGCAAAUAAAAUGGUCUUUGAACAGAUCAAUUUAGAUUAUUGUCCUCACGUUAGUCAGCCGUUUCGAUCUCUAUGUCCUCAAAUCACUUUUUUCAGAAAUAAUUUUUCCGUUAUUCUCAUUAUAUAUAAAUAUAAAAAUUAAUAUGUAGAAGAUAUUUAGACAAUUUAGAGUAAGACAUAAGAUAUUUCUUAAAGUAAAUGCAUACUUAUAUCGAGAAACAUUAAUUUGUACCAUGAAGUCACCACACCAGUUUAAGGAAUUUCAGUUUUUGUAUCAAAUUAAUUGUGUAACUGUUUACUAAAAUAAAAAAA